ACGGACAGCGCCCAACUCUCUCUCUCCCUCUGCUUCUCUCUCUCUCUCUCUCUCUCGCUGUCUCUUCCGGGCGCACACUCGGCAGCUGGCUGCGAUACAGCUCCUCCUCUCUCCUGUGUGGUGGCUUUCCCGACCAAAGAUCCUUGGACGUGAACAGUUUCGCUGAAGAGCACUUUUCUCUCCCCCAAACGAGCAGACGGACAGCCAGGCGUCAGUUAUUCCACAUCGACCUGAGACAAAGGAGUUAAGGUGUCGGAUAAGGUCUCCAACCGUCCUACACCGCCCCCCCUCCCCAAAUCUCUGUCAGCGAUGGAGACUUGGGCUGGCUUCUGCCCAGGCUUGCACUUAUCUCUGGGUAUCUGGGUGAUGAUAGCCGCUCAUACCCUACAAAAUGCCAAGGCGGAGAUAACUUGCGCAUCUUGCCCGACGCCAGUUCAACUUCACCAGGAGAAAUUAAAGCUGGGGAUACGCGCCGGCCCGACAGAGGAGCUUGCCACCCUAAAAAACAUCCGAGUGGAGUUUAAGGAACUCGGAGUUACCGACCAGGAUACUGAAAUGGACGGCGACCGUGAGGCUGGGAUUUCUGCCGAGGGUGCCCCCCAGUUCCCCCAAGAUGCCAGUUUGGAUGGAGUUAGUACGCAGGAAGGUGCACCCGGGUCCAGUGAAGAAAGUCGCCGCAACAAUGAUAAGGGAGAGAUGGCUGAAGACUCUGCGCUCCGGAGAGCAAGGAGAAGCGGUCAUGAGUUUGCCGAGUUCGGCGAGAACGGGUGGACCGGAGGGGCCGGCGUGGAUGCGGGCUCUCCGGAUGAGCGGGGUUCUAUGUUAGACGCGCACAAACAAGGCAGGUCCGAAUUCAGAUGGAACAGGGACGAAGGGAGAGGAAAUACCCGCCAGGACGAGCCCAAGCUCACCAGCAGCACUUUCGCUCUGACUGGAGACUCUGCGCAUAACCACGCGGUGGUCUACUGGUCCGGACAGAACAGCAGCGUGAUCCUGAUCCUAACCAAGCUGUAUGAUUUUCAUAUCGGCAGCGUCACUGAGAGCACACUUUGGAGAUCCACCGAUUACGGCUCCACAUACGAGAGAAUGAAUGACAAAGUUGGAUCCAAGACUGUCCUAAGUUACUUAUACGUCUGUCCGUCUAACAAGAGAAAGAUUAUGGUGUUGACAGAUCCAGAGUUUGAGAGCAGCGUACUCAUCAGCACUGAUGAGGGAGCCAGUUACCAGAAGUACCGCCUCAAUUUCUACGUCCUGAGCCUUUUAUUCCACCCCACUGAAGAGGACUGGGCCUUAGCUUACAGUCACGACCAGAAGCUGUACAGCUCGGUCGACUUUGGAAGAAAAUGGCAGCUCAUCCACGAACACGUCACGCCAAACAGAUUCUACUGGUCUGUCACAGGCCUAGACAGGGAGCCAGAUCUGGUCCACAUGGAAGCUCACACACCAGAUGGAAAUGUGCAGUAUGUCACGUGCAGAGCUCAGAUGUGCACAGAAGCUAACAGGAACUACCCGUUCCCUGGUUACAUCGACAUCAGCUCUUUGGUGGUUCAAGAUGACUACAUAUUCAUUCAGGUUCCUACAUCAGGGCGAGCCACAUAUUAUGUGUCCUACAAGAGAGAGCCAUUUAUACAAAUCAAGCUGCCCAAAUAUUCCCUGCCUAAGGAUUUACACAUCGUCAGCACUGACGAGAAGCAGGUAUUUGCUGCAGUGCAGGAAUGGAACCAGAAUGACACCUAUAACCUCUACCUGUCUGACACCAGAGGGAUCUAUUUCACCUUGGCCAUGGAAAAUGUCAAGACCACCAGGGGCAUUGGAGGGAACCAGAUGCUAGACCUAUACGAGGUGGCUGGAAUUAAAGGCAUGUUAAUCGCCAACAAGAGGCACGACAACCAGGUGAAAACCUACAUUACCUACAAUAAAGGGCGGGACUGGAGGCUCCUGCAGGCUCCUGCAUCUGACCUGGAGGGGAAUGACAUCCACUGCAUACUGCCUUUCUGCUCCCUUCAUCUACAACUCCAAAUGUCUGAGAACCCUUACUUGUCAGGAACAAUUUCCACCAAGAAUUCUGCACCGGGAAUCAUAGUUGCCACAGGAAAUAUCGGAGCAGAGCUCUCUUACAACAAUGUUGGCAUGUUCAUAUCAUCUGAUGCUGGCAAUACCUGGAGACCGAUUUUUGAAGAGGAGCACAAUAUUUGGUUUCUGGACAAAGGAGGGGCUCUUGUUGCUGUGAAGCAGCCAUCUGUGCCAACUAGACAUUUGUGGGUCAGCUUUGACGAAGGCAGGCAGUGGACCCAGCACAGCUUCUCCUCGGUGCCCCUGUUUGUGGAUGGAGUGCUGGUGGAGGCUGGGGCUGAAAACCAAAUCAUGACCUUUUUUGGACACUUUAGCCACCGUUCCGAAUGGCAGCUCAUCAAGAUAGACUACAAGUCCAUCUUCAGCAGGAAAUGCACAGAGGAGGACUAUCAAACCUGGCACCUGCACAACCAGGGCGAGCCGUGUGUAAUGGGACAAAAGCAGAUUUACAUGAAGCGCAGGCCCGGAAACUACUGCAUGCUGGGAAAGGACUACUCGAGAAUCCUCUCUGCCGAGUCCUGUAUUUGCAGGGCUCAUGAUUUUGAAUGUGAUUAUGGAUAUGAGCGCGGCAGCGACGGGAACUGCAAGCCAGCCUUCUGGUUCAAUCCUUCCACCGUGUCCAGGAGCUGCAGCCAGGGCCAGAACUAUUUCAACAGCACAGGGUACCGCAAAGUGGUGCUGAACAACUGCACGAAAGGAGUGAAGGAAUUGUACACACCCAGAAAGCAGCAGUGUCCCAACAGACCCCCGAAAGGACUCUUGCUGACCACCAAAGAUGGCAAACUCACUGCCGGCCUGGGCAGCAAUGUCACCUUCAUGGUGCAUUUGGAUGAGGGGGACUCUCUGCGGACCAACAUCCAGCUGGAUUUUGGUGACGGCACAGCAGUUUCAUACUCCAAUCUGAGCUGGACCGAGGAAGGGAUCAAACACAUCUACAAGUCUGCCGGAAUAUUCCGUGUCACAGCGUUUGCAGAGAACACGCUCGGUUACGACACCACGACACUCUAUCUGCACGUCACAUGUCCAGUGGAGCAUGUCCAACUUCUUGCUCCCUUUGUGGUCAUAAGAAACAAGGAAGUGAACAUCACAGCGGUGGUCUUACCCAGCCACUCACGCACAGUCACUUACUUCUGGUGGUUAGGAAACAAUACAGAGCCUGUGAUAACUUUGGAUGGAAGCAUCUCGCACACCUUUCAGAGUGAGGGAAUGCACACCAUAACUGUUCAGGUGGCUGCCAGCAACACCAUCUUGCAGGACACUAAGACUAUAGCAGUCAAAGAAUUCUUCAAAUCUCUACUUUUAUCUUUCUCCCCUAAUCUGGACGAGUUCAACCCUGACAUACCCGAGUGGAGGCAGGAUGUGGGGAGAGUAAUUAAGAAGGCUCUGCUCCAAGUGGCCGAAUUCCCAGAGGAGCAGCUCCUGGUAGCGGUGUUCCCCGGAGUGCCAACAGCUGCUGAGCUCUUCCUGUUGCCUUAUAAGAACCAAUCAGAGGGCAAGAAAAAGAGUGAGGAAGCGCUAGAGCGGGCUUCUGACACAAUUGUAAGUGCACUGAACCAAAACCUGGUGGAGUUUGAGCUGAAGCCCGGUGUGAGGGUGAUCGUUUACAACACACAGUUAACACUGGCGCCCUUAGUGGACUCGAGCCCCAGACACAGCAGCUCAGCGAUGCUUAUGCUCCUGUCAGUUGUGUUUCUCGGCCUCGCGGUGUUUCUCAUCUACAAAUUCAAGAGAAAAAUACCUUGGAUCAACAUAUAUGCUGAGGUUAACCAGGAGAAAGAGCAAGAGAUGAUCGGCUCGGUCGGCCAAGGCGACAGCACGCCGAAAAUUACUCUGAGUGAGUUCUCCACAUCCAAAGAACUCAUGGAGAAGGAGCUGGAUGCCAGGGUCAAAAGGGGAGUCGGAAAUGCCUGCGAGAGCACAAGGGAGAUUCCAAACUGUACUAGUGUGUAAAACUGGGGGAGCAGCGCUUCAUGUUCGGGGGUUAUCUUUUUUUUUUGUUUUGUAAUUCUCAACACAACUGAUGUUAAUAGUUUUCUAAGGGACCUCAUUUAUACAGACUUGCAUGGAUGUCUCGUUCAACAACAUCCAUGCAGUUAAUGUCAAUUUACUCAAUGAGAUCAUUGUAAUUACUGACAAAACUUAUUCAGUUUUGUGGAUGUAUAAGCUACAUAGCAGCAUUCAUUUGCAAAGUGAAAUAUCUUUCGUGGAAUCUAUCAAAAGUUAUGUACAUUUCCUAAGGCGUUUGCUUUGAAAAUCAUUUCUGCCUAUAUAUAGACUAUAAUGUCAGAGUCUUCAAUCAAACAGGGAAUAUUAUUGAAAUGUACAAUACUGUCAUCUGUUCUGUUAAAUGUAUAUAUUAUUACUUUCUACAUGCUCGUAGUCUGAGUACCAUGGCAGCAACAGAAGAUCUGACGAUGGUCUUUUUUUUCUGAAAGUGUGUUUAAAAAGUCAAACAUUACUUAAAGAAACCGAUUUCCUUUGCUAAGGUCCUUGACUUGUGCAUGUUCUUUCUGAGGACACAAUUUCUGUGUUGUAGAUAAGCAAGUGUUGUAAAUAGUUAUUUUCUAAUCAUCUGUCAAAAGACCCCAGUUGAUUCUGCUGAUUCUGUUUUGCUCUCAUUUUCUUCAGUCGAGUGUUGGCUGAAAUGAACCUGACAGAAAGGAUUUAUCUGUUAAUGCAGGUAGAGCUGUAUCGGCAUAGUGCAGAUGUCCCUCAUCUUCUCUGAAAAUAAAGUUAAAAGGAUCAUCCUCAACAGGAUCAUUUUCAGGAUAUUUGCAUUUGUACAGAUAUACAAUAGAUGAUCAAAUAUUUUUAACCAGAUGACUGUCAUUAAACUCUCUGAACCAAAAAUUAUUUGCAACUAGAGCCCGACUCAUUUAUUGGUUGGCCAAGGCUGGCUAUUUAUCAAUCUAUCGAUAUUGGCAUUUGCAACAGCCGAUAAAUGGAAUUUAAAAGCUAAGAAACAAGAGAAACACCCUUCAGACAUGCUGUUGUUAUGACAUUUGUCCACCAGAGGGCACUCUGCAAGUUCGCUGCUGGGAACCACAAACACAAUAACCAGCUGGUCCGAGCAGAGUCAGGCAGAGUGUUAGGGAAAUCUGUAUAUCCCAUGUUUGAAUCACCAAAUAUCUGUAGCAGUUUUGGCCUUAAACGUCCCAUAUCAGUCCGGUUCUAUUUGCAAGUGAGUCUGUGGCUCUCAUCGUUCAGAUUUGGCUUCAAUACUAAAGUUAAAUCACUUUGGAAAAAAUGCAUCUAUCGUGGUGACCAGUGAUCAAAUUCACAAUUUCAACUCUUUGGGAAAAGCAUGGUGUUUAUUUUAAGUAGGCUUACAGUUGGGUUGUGGUUUCUGCUUCUUCUUUGGUUUGUGGCAGUUUCCAAUGGAGCUCAUGCCAAUAUUAUUAUUUGUAAUCUCCUGCGAUUCUUUUUAGCCAUGGUGGUGCUGGCUGCUCAUCCGUCCAGAUUCAACAGUAAUAGGAUGUAUUGUACUAAAACAGUUAUGCUGUCUAGUGGGUAAUUUCAUAUGACAAGUCCUUGAUUUAUCCACUAACACCACCGAGUGGUUGACAUGGGUUUAAAUCAGGAAUUGGUUAUGAUAAAUACUAGGAAUGAAUGGUAUUAUACAUUUCACAUUGUGUUUUCAUUCAGAUCAAGGGACUGCUGUGUGAAGUACAGCAUGAUUGUCAACUCGUAAUUCUACAAAACUUUGUUCUUGUUUUUUGACCUUGCCAGAGUAGCAUAAUCAACACGGUGAUGCCAACUAAUGAUGACAAAACAUAUAUGGUGGUAAUAAGUAGUUUAAUAAAGUCAAUGAAUUUUUCUCUGCCUAGACUCUUCAGCCUGAACUACUUUUUGAGAUUUCAUUCUCAAAAACCAAGCUCAUAUUCAGUCAGUAAGAGUUCCACCACUGUAAGGCCAAAGUGAAAAUGUUUGGGCUUUUUGCACAUAAGAACUUGAGAAAUUGAGAUACAAUAAACCUGUCUGUGCACAUAACCAGACCAGAGUAAGACUGGUAAAUGGUAAACUGUAAAAUUUCCUUGUAAAUUAAAUUAAAUUAGUGUAUAUAUAACAGCCUUAUAGCAAUGAGUCACAUCGAUGUUAUUGAACUUUUUAAAAAAAGUUCUGAACUGCAAAUCUAAAGCAGCGGGAUUGAAGUGAAAGAGUCCUACAUCCAUUUUAAUCACAGUAACUCGAUGCAGUCCCUUCAUUGAAUCUGUAAUGCUCAGUGGCCUUCAGUGCCAGUACACACCUGGGCCUCCAACAUGGUAAUAUCUGAAAACCACAAUGUGUACAAUGUGAAAAGAUAAAUCACUUAUUAGCUCACAGUUUUUGGAUUUCAAUAUCAUUUUCUCCCAUUAUUUUCAGUUGUCAUAGCUUCAACUUUGCAUGUCAUUUUUUUCCAUGUAUGCUAUCAAACCCAACUUUAAGCCUAAAAAGUGCUAUUGCUGUUCAUGAGGAUUAGAUAAGCUAAUGAGUCCAUGCUCUACAAAGUGUCUUACCAGCAUCUUUGGUGCUCAUUGUGGCACAAUUUUUACACCACUCAAAAUGUGCAACUACUGAUAUUUUAACAAUGUGACAAAACUAGAACAUUGUCUUCAACUAUGCCAGGAACAGUUUGUAUUUAUUUAAUGAAUCCACAGUGUACAAACAGAGCUCCCCUGGCUGCCAUUAGCCUCCAUUAACAAACCAACGCUCCAGUCACUGCUUUGCAUCUAGUUUGAAAUGAGAGAACAUCGUCCUCCCAGCAUGCAACUUCCCACCAGCUCUGCAUUCUCCAAGCCUACAAAAGCCAAGUGGUCUUGACUUGACUCCCGUUGCUCUCCCAGUAUCCUGCAUUGUGAUAAUGAGAGAAAGCUGGACAGCUCAGGGGAGGGUGCCACAUGCAGAGGUUUCCUGCAGCGCUCAGCUCAAGCAAACAGCAGUUCCAGGAGAAGCGAAAGGCUGCAAAAAGAUAUAGGCUGUCACAUCACAUAUGCAUUACCUGGAACAGAGUGCUCUCAUCUCAAACCAAACAGCCAAGCCAAGCCUUGUUAAUACAGACAGAACACACAUUGAACAAAGAUUGUUUUAGAGCUUUGUUGUAUUCAACACAUGCCAUAAGCAAAGGCUUGUUUGCUUGGCUGGAUUUUGUUUGGGUAAAGGCUUUGAUGGUGCCACUUUGUUCUGAUUCUUAUUAGAAAAGCAGAAUUAGGGGGGACAGAAAAAGAGAAAUCAAAAAGUGUCUCCCAUCCUUAACUACACAUGGAUAUUGUCUUUGUUUUCUGUUGUUUUUCUCUCUCUUAGACCCUUUGAAAUUGUGAAGAAUGUACAAUGAACAUAGUACACUGACUGUCCAUAAAAGUUUGUAAAGAAAGAAAAGAACAAAUGCUUCAAAAUGUGGUGCUUUAUCUGCACCAGCACAUUGGAAGUGCCACUAGUAAAAGAAAGGACUUUGAUCACUGGAAACUUCUGUCUCAUCUGAUAUCUUAAAUGCCACAUUAUACCGUAAGCACCAGACAAAUCCAUACUUGAACCAUAAAAGAGAUUCUUUGCAUUUGUGAUUUUUCGGAAGGCAAAAGCAUUGUAAUGUUCUUCAGUGCACAAAAAUCUACAAUGCAUGCAUCAUCGGUAAUGUUCUGUUUCAUCUUGAUUUCGAUAUUUCUACGGUAAAGAAACUGUCAUUUUGAAAUUGUUUCAAAUAAAUGUAUUUUUGUACA